GUUACUGUGUUACUGUGCUUUUGUGACAGCAAAAGAAAGAGAUCACUUAUGCAUGGUUGUAUUCAAACUGAUUCAAAAAGAACAAGGUUAUGAUGCAGAGGUUAUAUUUAUUUGGAGACUACAAAAGUUGACUAAUGUUCUUGAAUAUGCGGAUAUUUUAAGAAAAUUGCAUGAAUUAAAUAAUUUCAAGCACAAAGAUUAUGUAAUCAAAUGGAACAGUGGUCGAAGUGUAUAUCAGAUAACAAAUACUGAAGAUCUACGUUAUGCACUCAAAGAAUUAUAUCGGAAGUACAUUAAAGAUCAUUGUGUUCGACUUCAUGUUACACCACUGUCUCACUAUCAUGAAUAUGGGCCACCUCCUCCAUAUGAACAAUGCUUUUCAUAGUGUGUAAAAUACUUGUUGUUUAGUAUGGUGUAGUUUCUCAGGGGAAAUUCAUUUAUCAUCAUUUUUUCAGCUGCAAAGAAGAGAUUCUGUCAAAUCUCGAAAACAGUGUUUCAUAUGGACAGCAAAUAUCCAAACAAAACUUCAGAUAAUCGGUUAUAUUAGAGACAGUAGCAUCCAACUUAUCGUCAGUAAAUAGUUCUCAGUUGGUAUCAUACAACAUGCUUCUUAGUGCUAGAAUGUUAUCAUGGGAAUAUGAACGUUCAUGUAUCUUCUUUGUUAAAUGACUAAACAAUUUUUGUUGUUGUAACUUGCCGUACACUUUCGGUAAAAUACGAAUAAUGCAGUGGUCAGAGUUUAACAAAGGAGCUCUCCUUCUGGUUUCAUAUACAUCACGGUCGUUUAUGAAAACCAGGUCUAGUGAUUUGUCCAGACG